CACCAAUUGUGUUUUCCUUUCCUUCCCGCUCCCCCAAAUGCCGCCUCCUCAUCACUAGUCACCACUUCCCCGCGCUGCCCUCCCACUCCCACACACUUUCUGCUGCCUCUCGCCGCGGCCGAUGGGCUGCUUCCUUGGCUGCUUCGGGGGGGCCAAGGAGCGCCGCCGCCGCCGCCGCAAGCGGUCGCCGUCACAGUCCCCCAACGGCCGUGCCCGGGCCUUGCCGCGGGUUACGCCGAACAAGGUUGAUCUGGAUGGGGAGGCCGUCUCCGCCGCCGCGCCGCUACUAGCGACGCUCCUCGAGUUGAGGGACUCCACGGACGACAUGUGCCUGGCCCUCGUGAAGAAGAAGGUGACAUUCGACCCCAACGUCACCACAUUCGAGGCGGCCCCGAUCCCGGAGGACGACGGCGAGGAAGCCGAUCCGGAGGAUGGUGGGAAUAGCAAGGAGAAGGGGUGGAUGCUGGCGUCGGAGUGCGCCAAGUCCGAGGCCUUCCCCUUGAACCACAGGUACAGCAAGUUCGCCGGCAGCGGCAACGUCAGCGACUACGAGGACGCCGAGGAGGACGAAUUCGAAGACGAGGAGGAGGAGGAGGACGACUACGAGGAUGAGGAAGGGGAAGACGGGCUCGAUGAGUGUCGGAUCGACGACGAUGACGAAGACGAGCACGGCCUCCUCGGCAUCGGACGCAGCGAGGAGGAUGCGUGCGAGUCGCUCUUCCUGUUUCCGUUUGGCAAGAUGUCCAGGGAUUCCGGCGGCCAGGUAGCGGCGCCCGUCGCGCCCCCGGCGGAGGCCCCCGCGGUGCUCGGCUCCGUAGAGAGCCUGAACCUCACCCGGUGGAAGGAACCCAAGCCUCGCGGUGCCGCCGCGCCCAAGUCCUCGGACAAGGAGAACGUCACUGUGGAGCGGGAGAACCGGAUGGACUUCCUCGCCGAACCACCCGCGGUGGCGGCCAAGAGGAAGGAGGAACCGAGGCCGGCGGUCUCGGACAACAGCUACACCCCCAGCACGCCGAGCAAACAGGAGGCCUCCGUGGACGCCAGCCUCUCCACGUGGCUCGGUUCCUCGGCGACGCCCGAGAGCAACUCGGUCCGGUCCUACUCGCCGAUCAGCCGGGACGAACGGCCGAUCCUCGGCGCCCUCACCGUGGAGGACAUCAAGGUAUCGUCCGCCAACUCAACGCCUCGGAGGUCGAGGUCCCCGAGCCCGAGUCCCGAUGACAUGCCGAUCCUGGGGACGGUGGGGGCUUACUGGAACUGCAGUGCCAAGGAGUCUGAUCCGGUCACGAGAGGAGGGUUUAUGAGGACCAGAACCAGAUUUGGCCAGGUCAGGUGAGCAGCUUUGUCUCGGUAGUCUGACUUGACUGUUGUAAUCCAUGUUUGCUAUUAUCUUCUGUUGAAAUAAUGGAACACCUCCCGCUAGGAGGAGAGAGAGAGAGAGGGUACCGAACCUGGGUGGGAAUGCAAAGAUAUACAAGUAUGUGUGAGAAUGCGAGAUCGUGAAACCAGAUAGAUUUGUGUGAUCAUAUUUCUUUCAUAUGUUUGUAAACAUUACAUUGCCAUCCAUAUUCUAGGAUGGUA